AGGUCUGUGCGACGUGGGGAAAGUAGGUGUGGGCGGACGGACUAGAUACAAACCACGAAGCAUCGCAUCUUCUCCUCCCUGUGUCCUUGAGAAGCGAAGCGGAGAGAUCAAUGCGGCGGAGAUCAAUGUGGCUGGCAUCGCAGGCGGCGAACGGCGGCGAUGGCCAGCGUCCGGAGAAGCAGGAUGCAGCGGCCCCCGCGCCGGCGCCGCCCGGGGAUGAUCCGUCGGGGCCCGGCGGCGGCGAUGGCCAGCGUCCGGAGAAGCAGGAUGCAGCGGCCCCCGCGCUGGCGCCGCCCGGGGAUGAUCCGUCGGGGUCCGGCGGCGGCGAUGGCCAGCGUCCGGAGAAGCAGGAUGCAGCGGCCCCCACGCCGGCGCCGCCCUCGGGGUCCGGCGGCGAUGGCCAGCGUCUGGAGAAUCAGGAGGCAGCGGCCCCCGCGCCGGCGCCGCCCGGGGAUGAUCCGUCGGGGUCCGGUGGGCGACGGUGGCUUCGGAUGGAGUACGAGUCUUCGUCGGAAGAAUUCUCUCGAUUGGGCGCCUCCGCCACCGUAAGGUUCAGGGAGGGUUCGUUUGCUCUGCGCCCUUCCGCCGUUGCCGGGGCUGCAGACCCGUCGUCCACUGCUACAUCACCCGUGCCGCAAGUCAGGAAGGGGGCGCAGAAGAGGAAGAGGAAGAGGGGGAAGGGGGCGAGGAAGAGGAAGAGAGAGCAUAAUGUUCAGUCGACAUCGACGACGGAGAAGGAUGGUGCUGCUUCUUCGGACUCAUCUGGGUACAGUUCUCCGAUUCGUCGCCCGAAAUCGCUCUUGGUGAAGUCGACAAGAACCGACCGUGGAGUUCUGGUCUGCGAAUAUAACAACGAUGAGGAGGCGGGCAAGAUCUACCGUGAAGGAUACUUGAAGUACCAGAAAAAACUAGCUGCUCAACAACAGUUGCCUACACUCAAGCCAUCCCUUGAUUUUGAAAAUAUCGGCGAUUGGCAUAAUCUAAAUCAGAAGAGUACAGUUCUUGGUAUAGCCAAAUCAGUUAUAAGUCUUUCAUCGACUCAUGAUGAGAAGGAAAUCAAACGCUGCACGGGUAUCAUCAUUGAGCACGAUGAAAAAUCUGCUAUUCUUGUCACCUCUUCUCGAAUCAUAUGCACCAAAGAGGCAUCGGCUGAUUGGAAGGAUAACAACAUUUACGCUCCCAACGUCAAGGUGAUUGCUCACUUAUUGGAUGGGACCACCUCUGAGAUGCAAUUGCUCUACCUUGUCAAGCACUAUGAGAUUGCCUUUUUUAAGGUUAAUGGAGCAUCAGAUCUACAAGUUGCAUUGUUAGAUCUUGAGCUUGAAUUUGGUGGUGAAGGGUGUGUGCUAGCCAGAGAUAAGAAUCUUGAUUUGAUCUGUAGACGCACACGUUUAUUGGCAUUGGACCCCUGUGGACACCAAAAAAAUUUCUAUUCAUUCAUUAAUGCUUCGGACUGUAAGGGUUCCAACGGAGGAGCAUUGGCAUAUUUUAAUGGGAAUGUUGCCGGAAUGGUUAUAGAUGCUUUCCCCAAUGUUGCUUUUAUCCCAAGCUCCCUUAUUCUCAAGUGUUUCAGAUUAUGGAAAAAAUUCAGGAAACUUGGUCGUCCUCAUCUUGGUUUGAAGCUAAGGACUGUGACUUUUCUGGACAUAUCAAUUUUAGAGCAUCUUUCUCGUGUUUAUGGUAUUAGUUCUGGUCUGAUUGUAGCACAGGUAUCUCUCGGUUCUCCUGCUGAGAGUAAAGGUAUUAGAGCUGGAGAUGUCAUCUUUCAUUGUCAACAAGAAGCCGUUUCAACUAGAACUCAGUUUGAAGAAGUACUGCUAGAUGUUUGUGAGAAAUAUUUCGAGAAGGGAAUCAACCUGAACUCCAAAGUUAAUGUUGAGCUUGAUGUUUAUCACAUCCGCAAGCGUUCCAGGAGAACUGUCAGUUUAUCCGUAGAAUUAUCGGAUGGCAUAGAGAUCAUAGACCAUGGGUUGUGGCACGACUAGUACUGCAAAUUGCUCUCAAGUAAUUGUUAUUUCGUAAUAGGAAUACCAUGUUGAAAAUUUUGGAGCUCGGGUUCAAAUGCUUCUUACGAUUGUCGGUCUAAAAUAGAAGUAUAAUACUACUAGGAUUUAUAGCUUGUUCCCUAGUUUUCUUUCAUCGUAAUUGACCGAGAGAGUGUGUGAGAGAGGGAGCUUCAUACCCUGACGUCGUGCAGUGGAUUCCUAUGCAUAUAUGUGAGGUCCCGUGAAGUAACGGUGGAUAAACUAGUUUGCACCCAUCUUUUUUUUAUGCCUAGACUUAUAAGUAAAAUUUGAAAUUUUAAC